AUGGCCACCAGCGCCAUGUCACAGAUUGCUCCGAUGAGCAUUGACGAGCUCGUCCACGCCUACCCGCGCGAUGCCAAACGCCCCAAGCUGCGCGUUGCCAUCGUCACCGAGAACUUCCUCCCCAAAGUCGACGGGGUCACUCGCACUCUUGCACGCCUCCUCGAGCACCUCAACAACGAAGGACACGAAGCCAUGGUGCUCGGACCCGAGACCGGCAUCCGCCAGUACGCCGGCCAUCCGGUCGUAGGUACCUUUGGGGUACCGCUCGUCAUCUACCCGGGUCUCAAGCUCAACUUUAUGCGUCCGCGCUUCGUCCGUCGUUUGCAGCAGUUCAAGCCGGACGUGAUCCAUUUCGUCGAUCCAAUCUGGUUGGGCGCGCAGAUGCUUCCGGCCGUGCAGAAGUGGUUGCCGGAGGUGCCGUGUGUUUCCUCGUAUCACACCAACCUGCCCACGUAUGCCACACUGUUUGGCAUGCCGUGGUUGGAGCAGACCAUGUGGAACUUGACGCGCAACUUGCACGACAGGUGCGAGAUCAUUUUUUGCCCGUCGGAGAGCACGCGGCGCAUGCUCAGGAGCAAAGGUUUCGCCAAUGUCGAAAUCUGGUCUCGUGGUGUCGAUAUCGAGCUGUUCAACCCCCAGGCUAGGGAUGAGAACUUGCGCGAGAGCUGGGGCUGCACACCCAAGCCUGCUAACCUCCGUCUGCCCUUGUCGCCUUCGGUGGCCGCCGCAGAUGCAGCCGCCAAGUUCGGCUCGGAGCACGCGGCUCUUUCACACCUUGCCGGCAAGCUCGGCGUCUCGAUCGUGCAAGCCAACAACACCGGCAAGAGGCCAGAUGGGUCUGACGAUGACAGCUUCAUCCGCACGCCCCCCACCGGACCCGCCACUUCACCUGACUUUGCAUUCACCCCGCCACCCGCCUACGAUAGCCUCAGCGGCGUCCCCGACCUACCCUCCGGCGGCUUCCUGCUCCCGCCCCCCGCUCUUCCUUCCAACGCCUUGGCCUCGAUCCCGAGCAACCUGCGCGUCGAGCCGGAGCCGCAGAACUCGAAAACAGUCGUGCUCUACGUCGGCCGCAUCUCGUGGGAGAAGAACCUGCGCCUGCUUAUCGAGGCGUUCAAGCUGCUCCCGACCUCGGUUCGCAGCAAAGCCAAGCUGGUGUUUGUCGGCGACGGACCUGCGCGUGGCGAUCUGACGCGGCUGUGCAACAAGCUCGAGCUGGACGCGUCAUUUAUGGGGCAUCAGAAGGGGCCACGGUUGGCGGCCAUGUAUGCGUCUGCGAGCAUCUUUGCGUUCCCGAGCUUCACAGAGACCUUUGGGCAGGUGGUGCUGGAGGCGCUGGCGUCCGGGUUGCCCGUGGUUGGAUUGCAUGCGGAGGGCACGUCGGAUCUGGUGAGCCACGGCAAGACCGGGUUGCUGUUGGAUGUGAAUGCGGUGGCCAAGGCGAGUACGGUGGGGGCGGCGAAUGAGUCUCGAUCCGCGACGCCGGGGGCGAGGGGCCUCAAUGCCUCGGAUCGCAGCGCUUCGGCGAUCGCGAUCAGCGAAUUUGCCAACGCCGCUUCCUCGGCUGCGUUCAAUCUGCGACCCCCCGCCUCCCCCUCCUCUUCCGACCGCUCCAAAUCAAAUGCUAGCUCCGACGUCGGACUCGCCACCCCCAUCCCCACGACGCUCGACUUCAAAGCAAGCAUGACUCCCAACACGCCCUGGUUCCACCAGUGUGCCAAGUCCUACUCGAUGCUGCUCGAGCGCUUGAUCUUGGACCGACAGACGCGCGCCCUCAUGGGCCAGCGCGCCGUGCUCUACGCCUCGCGCAAGACCUGGUGGGACGCCAUGGAUGCACCCGUCAGAGGCUACGAGCAUGUCAUCCAGCAAUCCGGCCUCAAGAAUCUCUCCGAUGACGAACUCGAGGCGUGGAGGAACAGACAGAGGAGGAACGCCCCGCUGACGGGGCCGCGCAUCAAACUCGCUGUCGUGCUCUACGUCGCGCUCUUUGCUUGGCUGGUGUGGCUGCUCUUCUUGUCCAAGUAG